AAUUAGCGAGGUAUUAAUUAAUUAGUGAUGGGACACGUGGUGUCACUAUAAAGUCAUGAAUCGAAACCACAGUUUCGGUCGAUAAGUCUUCGGUCUCCGACCGAUAUUCUUGUUUUAUUGUUUAAAGAUUGCGAUUUCAUCCACAUAUUUUGACAUGUUUUUUCAAUGAAACUUACUUUUGCCGUACUAUCUGUUGUAGCAUAUCGUUAGCUAGUUAUUUUUGAGGUGGGGCAGAACUUGAAAACCCUAAAAAGUUUGAGAACCGCUGGUUUUGAUAAUGCACAAAUUUUUAAUUUUGUUUCAGUUUUUACGUCUCAAUCAUGGUAAUUAAUGUUAACUUGUGUGUUCUCAUUUACAUUUUGUCCAUGUGACUGUUAUCCUGGAAUAACUGUGCUCUAACCUUAUCUUUAACUGACCAAUGGCAGCACAGCAUGAUGGUGUUGCAUUGUGGGUAAAACCACUGAAGCAUGCUUCCUGGGUAUAAAUACUGCCAUGCUGGUCUCCAGAGGUCAUUCAGUACUUUGGUGUAGCAGAGGCAACAUGUGUCUUAUGUCUGAUUCUAUAUUCUGUUACUUGUGGUGACAAGUGCACUGUUUAAAAGUAUUUCUCGUGUUUGAGGAAAUGUUAUUUAUGCCAAUAAACAAUUUAAUUAAAGGGUGCUCUCGAAUUAUGUGCACCAAGAUGGCGCACAACCUGAACAUAGUAUGUGUACCAGGUUAUGGUUGUCAGGUUGUGCGCCAUCUUGGUGCACGUACUUAUGGAGCACCAAUCAAAGUGCUAUGAACUAUUUCUAAGGAUGACUGAAUUGAAUAUGACCAUUUUCUAAUGUAUUCCUACGAAUCCAAUCCAAUAUUUUAUUUGUUUUGAUCAUUUGAGUUCAACUUUCAACCUUUUUCUACAUUUACCCAGCUCUACCUCAUUAAUAAAAAUAUGGCAACCCUAGCCGAAUGGGUCUAUGACGAAAUAUGCAAAUUACUUGGUCCAGACACACCGCGAGCGUACACAGACUAUAUUCUGGAAAUACAAGAUAAAAAUGAAGUCAAAGAAUAUCUUGAACAACUCUGUGGAGAGGGGAAAUCCCCUGAUAUCGAAUUAUUUGUGAAUUUAUUGACUGCGAAACGACGUGCAGUGCAGGAAAAUGUGACAGUGUAUAAAAAAGGCAACAGUGACCUUGAGCAGAGGUCAGUGCGUCCAAAGAAGAAAAAAGAGCCUAAAAAGGUCAUGACCUUGGAUGAUAUAUCUCCUGCGACAACACCAAAAACUCCGCUCGACGCUGUGGCGAGUAAGAAUGAAAAAUCUCCAAAAAAGAAGACGACGUAUGUGUCAUUGUAUGGCAAAGAUGGUGAAGCGAGAACUAAUGCUGUUCUGCUUCCAGGGAGAAAUGCCUGCGAGUGUCAGGCUCAAAAACAUAAGCUAAUCAACAAUUGUCUUGGGUGCGGGCGUGUAGUUUGUGAGCAGGAAGGCUCUGGACCUUGUCUAUUCUGUGGCAAGAUGGUUUGCACUCCCGAGGAGAAGAAAAUUCUUGCGAGAGAGUCAAAUAAAAGUGAAAAACUACUCAAGAAAUUAUCCAGUAUUGGAGGAGGCGCAUCAUUAACAGAGGAUAUUGAAGCGACUAAAGGCCUCCAGAGGGCAGAAGAGUACAAAAACAGGUUACUAGAGUAUGAUCGGACGUACGUAAAACGAACAAAAGUAAUUGAUGAUGAGUCUGAUUAUUACGCAACAGACACAAAUGUUUGGCUGAGUCAAAAGGAGAGAGAAGCAAUGAAAAAGAAAGAUAGAGAAAUGAGAGAAUUAAGAUUUGGGUCACGGUUGAAUAAAAAGGUGACGCUUGAUUUUGCUGGGCGAAAAGUUAUAGAUGAAGAAUAUGCGCCACCACAAGAGGGUGCUGAGCAAGAAUUUUUGGCCCAGAUCGCAGAUGAAAAACAAGCGUACGACCCCUCACUCCAAGAUGCCUUCCCUGAUCUACCAAUGCCAAAAUUUAUCGGUAAAGAAAAUAAAACACCCGAAAAUGUGAAAUUCUCCUCGGGGAGUAUGAAAAAACAAGAAAAAAUACAAAGACAUCCCUUAAAUAGGCUUCAAGAUAAAGAAUUACAGCAAAUGUCUGAUAUUGGCUUAUGUUGUAGUAUGCAUCAGGCCGUGGGCUUCCUUGCUGUCAAAGGCAUCAAGAAGACGAGGGGAAGGAAUGGUAAAGCCGUAAUAUUGCUAGGCUGGUAUUCUAAUCACAGAGGCAGGCUAUGGAUAGCCGCAGCAUCACAUAAACCAACUCCUGAAGAAGUAAAACAGAUAGAAGACCGGCAUCGAAACUACGUUGAUAACGACGUUGUAUUCCCGACUGAAUACCCAACGUCUUGUUUACUUGGUUGUGUCAAUGUGGACAACGUUAUGAGCCAAGAGGAGUACCGUUCCGCGUAUCCGAACGGCGCGUCCGGGUCUCCAUAUGUUUUUGUCUGUUCUGGCUUUGAAGAACUUCUAGUUAAAGUACCGGUAACAGGGCAACAUAAAAUUUGGAAACUACCGCCUAAUUUACAUCAGGCUGCUAAAAAAGGAAGGACGAUUAUGCAUGGGGAUUUUUGAGUAAUUUAUCUAUUUCAUGCGUGAGAGAAAAAGCUUAUUAUAUGAAUAAUUCUAUUUUUCUGAGGCACUUUCAACGGCGCUCCCGUAGUAUGUGCAACAAAAUGGCGGACACCUGAACAUAGUAUGUGUAUCAGGUUAGGGUUAGGCCAUAAUUUCAAUCCAAUUUACCUU